AUGAGCGCCCACCUCGCCCCGCCGCAGUAUGUGCUGUACCCGGGCGCGGCCAGGUACGGCGACUAUUACUGGUUCUCCGCAGGCAGCAUGGACAGCGCGCCCACCGAGGAGGCUCCGGCGCCGGACGCGCUCCCGCUGCCCGCGGCCAAGACGCCCAGUCCCCCAGUUGACUCUCCAGCCUCCUCCAGCUCCGGGACGCUCACGCAGUACCACACCCCCGACUCGGCCACCAGCCCCACGGCAGCGGGGAGCCCCUCUCCCCACUCCUCCCUGCAGAAGGCCAAGGCGCAAGGCAAGGGUGUGGUGAAGACGGGCAAGAGCCGCACAGCCUUCUCGCAGGAGCAGCUGAAAGCCCUGCACCAGCGCUUCCAGAGCCAGAAGUACCUCAGCCCCCAGCAGAUCCGGGAGCUGGCCGCUGCCCUUCAGCUCACCUACAAGCAGGUGAAAACAUGGUUUCAGAAUCAACGGAUGAAAUUUAAGCGUUGCCAAAAGGAGAGCCAGUGGAUGGAUAAAGGGAUGUAUUUACCACAGAAUGGGGUUCAUCAGGCUGCAUACCUGGAUAUCGCACCCGCGUUCCACCAGGUCUUCCCUGCCGGUUCCAGCAGGAACUUCCAGGCCGUGUCCAACGUGCACCAGGCUUACAGCAGCGGACAGAUGUUCGGAAAUGGGCAGAACCUGUACUCGUUCCCUUCUGUGGAGGAUGAGGGGCUCUUUGGAAAAGGUGGGACGAGCUGCAAUACCCAGCAAACCAUGGGUUUAUUAAGCCAGCAAAUGAACUUCUAUCACAGCUACUUUGACAAUAUAGAUUAUGUCAGCGUGGAGGUUGACGACACCUUCAACUUCCAGAGCUCCUCUGACACUGUCACACCAUUUUCGAGCUCUCCUAUACAGAAUCAAUGCCAGUUACCUUGGCAUCCCAUGGGGGCCCAGAGUGGGUAUGAGUCUCAGGUUUGA